AAGCAGGAAUGAUUCUUGCCAGCUGAAGCCAGAGCUGGCUGCAGGGCACACCCUGCUUGUUGACCGCUGACCACCGACUGCCGACACGAUACUGACCACGCAACUCUCAGCUUCCUGGCAGAGGUGUUAAUCUUGAGGGUCUGACACUCCCUCCUGUCCACUGUGGUCCCAUCCUCUCAGGAUGAUCCCCAAGGAGCAGAACGGCCCAGUGACAACUGCCAUGGGGGACCUCGCUGGACCAGUCCCUUCAUUGGACCUGGGCAAGAAGCUGAGCGUGCCCCAGGACUUGAUGAUGGAGGAGCUGUCACUGCGCAACAACCGAGGAUCCCUCCUCUUCCAGAAGAGGCAGCGCCGGGUGCAGAAGUUCACUUUUGAGUUUACUGCCAGCCAGCGGGGGAUCCUGUCCGGAAGCGCCAAGGAGAAGGCGACUGGGACCGCGGAGCUGGGGACGGUUGCCAAUGGCCCGGAGGGACACAACUACCGCUCGCAGGACCACAUCUUGCCGGCCUCGUCCGGGGGUCCUGAGGAUGCCUAUCCCUCAGCCGCCCGGGCGAAGCGCGCCCCCAGCCCCAGCGCCUUGGCGCCAGGCUAUGCCGAGCCGCUGCAGGGCGUCCCGCCGGAGAAGUUCAACCACACCGCCAUCCCGAAGGGCUACCGCUGCCCGUGGCAGGAGUUCGUCAGCUACCGGGACUACCAGAGCGUUGGCCGAAGACACACCCCCAGUCCCGCCGACUAUCGAAAUUUCAACAAGAACCCGGUGCCAUUUGGAGGAUCCGUCAUCGGGGAGACCAUUCCCAGGGCAGGCACGCCCUUCAUCCCAGAGCCCCCCAGUGGCUUGGAGCUUCUUCGCCUCAGACCCAACUUCAACAGAGUGGCUCAGGGCUGGGUCCGCAACCUCCCAGAGUCUGAGGAGCUGUAGCCCUAGCUUGAAUCUUCAAUUCCCCUGUCUUGUGGUUUGGGUAACAUCUGGAGCCAAGACAUGCGGAUAGCACUUCACAGUUAUGAAGGGCCUUCACACACAAAAUCUUGUUGCAAAUCGCUUCAAAGGUCACAAAGUUCAGUAGUCCCCAAAUGUGGGUGUGCUUCAAAAUUUCUUGGAGAUGUUCCUAAUAUGGAUUUCUGGCUGCCCCAGACUGGCAGCAUCAGAAUCUCCUGAGUUGGGAAGUCUCUAUUAGUAACCAGUAUUCCCGCUGAUUCCAGUGUAACCUGUCCGUGGCUGUGUCUUUAGGAGUCCACGUCCAUGCCUCUGCUCUUCCCUGCCCCAGCAGCUUACACUCUGCCAAUGACAGGGUGCUCACUAGCAGACUAUCUACCAGAUAGAUAUUCUAUCAGAACGACUCCAAUAAUUAGAAAGUUUUUCCUUUUACUGCGAUGCACUUGGUCUUCAUGUAUUUAUGCUCUAAACAUUUACUAAGCAACUACUGUGUGCUAGACACUAUGCCAAGCCCAGGCCUCUAGGAGGAAAAGACAGUAGGGAAGAUAGAUUUGUAAAGCAGUCAUUCAUUAAAAUUUUCCCUAAAGCAUGUUAAUUGACAACCAAGGUACAAAUGGUCGUGGGGCAGAGGAAGGGGACCCUAACUCUGAGUGUGGGGUGGGAUUCCAGAAGCUUCCCAGAAGAUUUGAGUGGGACCUUGGAGGAAGAUGAGAGUCCAUCCAGAGAAGGGGGUGCAAUGGAGAAGGCAUUCCUGGCAAGGGCACCAGCAUGUGCAACAGUGUGGAAUUGAGCACAGGUGCAGGGUUCCGGACAGGAGAAGCCUAUGUCAGGGGAGGCAGAGGGCCCGAGUGAGGUGGGCUUUACUAAGGGAGUGGGGAAGGGUUCAGUGACAGGUCUCACUGGUUGCUGUGUGGGGCACAGACUGGAAAGAGAUUGUGCCAGAAGCCUGGAAGUCUGCAAGGGAUGAGGCCAUGAGGGUGGAAAGAAGGAGCCGCCCUUCUGGGUACCUUACAGGACAGGUGCAAAGUGGGGCACUUACAAAGACUCCUUUCCACCCUUGAUUCUGAGCAGGCCCCUUAGUUCAAGUGAUAAUGAUGAUGGUGAUAGUGAUGAUGGUGAUGAUGGUAAUAGUGAUGAUGAUGAUAAUUGUGAUGAUGGCUGCUUUUUAAGUGCCUUGGUGCUUGGGCUAGUAGUAAGUUCUCAACGUAUCUUAUUUCUAAUUCACAGUACAACCUUGAGAAGAAGAUAUUGUUGUUCCCAUUUUACAGAUGUGGAUAUCCAGGCUCAAAAUGGGGAGGUCACUUGUCAGGAGCAGAGUAAAAAUGGGAAUCUGUCUGAUUCCAGUGGAUGUCUCUUUUAACCCCACUGGGUGGCCAAGCCAGUGCCCGCUCACUGUGGAAUCACCCGAUCGUGGUGCCCUGCUUUAGAGUUUAGAGGUUAAGAUCACCCACUGCGGAGUCAGAUUGGGUGGGAUGGGUUCUAACUCUGCCACUGCUGGCCGUGUGGGCUUGAGCAAGUCAUUUCACAUCUCUGAGCCUCUGUUUCUCCAUCUGUACGAUGAGGACAAGUAUAGAAGCUCCUUUACAGGGUUGUUGCUAGCACAGGGCAGGAUGCAUUCAUUAUAAGGGCUCAAUCAAUGUUAGGUUUCGUGAAGCUACUGCUCUUGACUGAAAAAGAUGAGCUUACAGUGGAUGCAGCUUGAGGAGUGGGCUGCUAAGAUGUCACGGGGGUCAGUAGAGCUGAAGCCUGAAAGAAAGGCCCUCAUCACUGUAGGGCUCCCUUUGGACAUGAACUUCCCCCUGCCUCCCUGGCUCCCUGUCUCCUCCCUGCCUCCCUCUCUGGGGGAGAUAAGGAAGGUCAGGACUUGAGCUGGUUCUCCAGGCAGGCAAGAGAGCAAUUGCACUUCCUUUUCACUUCCCUUCUGGGUCCCACAGGGCCAGCAGCCUGACUCUUCGAAUUGCUUGCAGUCAAGAUGUUCCCUUGCAUUUGCGGGCUGCUUUUCAAAGCAAGGUUUCCAUGAGCUGAAGUCCAACCAUUAUAGUGUCUGAAAGUAGAAGAGAGGGCUUGGACUGCCUUGGGUUGGUUCUGUUGUGCUCUGGAAGGUAACUUCAGCAGCCAGGUACAGACGAGAGCCGGAUGGGGAGACUGCUGCCCCCAAGUGGUUCUUUAUUCCUUUGUUCUUUUGAUAAUGUGACUUUUGCGGAUGUAAAAAAAGAAAAAGAAAGAGAAGGAAAAAAGAAUACUUAUUGCAAAAAUACAAAAAAAUAAUAAACAAAAAGUAAAAGGUGAAAGUAUCUGCCCACAUAGUCCCUCCCAUGUAUAUACCUUUCCAACCUUCUGCAUUCUGCCCUGUUCCUACAUACCAGAGGUAACCACUGGUUAUGGACUGUUCCUUCUAGAAUUCUAGAAUUAUUUGAAUAGAUAAAUAUAUACAUGUGUAUAGAUGCAUAAGUGUGUUUUUGUUUUAAUGGAAUCAUACUAUAUGUAUUGUUCUGUAUCUUGUUUCUUUACUCAACAAUUUAGAUACUGAAAAAGCAGGUCA